AUGUCUGACAAGCUCAAAGAAGACAUUAGGCAUGUAACUCACAGAAAGCUCGUGAACCUUACAGGUUCCGCGGCAGGUACAGAACCUUGCGACGAUCCCUACGCCAUUUCAUCCCUGAGAACUUCCCAGCCAGAGCCCACACAGUUCCCGGCCGUCGACUCCCUCCGCCCCGACCUAACCCCAGACGCAAAGAGAUGGGUCCGCGAAAGAAUCCCAGAAGCCAUACAACAAAGGCGUAUGAAGAGACGCUGGAUAGCGCCCUCUGAUGUGCAUGUUCAGACUCUUCGGGAUGGAGACGUGAAAUAUACGGAGCUUGCUUACGAGUUGACGUAUGGUAUUAGUGAGGAAGAGAAGGGGAAAAUGGUGGAGUGGGAUAAUAAGGCGAGGUUCACGAAAAAUGUCAUAAAGCGUGCGGAGUAUCGAAAGCAAGUGCCUGAAUAG